AUGAAAAACCAUACAACAGUGACAACCUUUAUUCUUCUUGGACUGACAGACGAUCCACAAUUGCAAGUGGUCAUUUUUCUCCUCCUUUUCUUCACCUACAUGUUGAGCGUGGCUGGAAACCUAACCAUCAUCACACUCACCCUUCUGGAUUCACAUCUAAAGACACCCAUGUAUUUCUUUCUUAGAAAUUUCUCCUUUUUAGAAAUCUCAUUCACAACCGUCUGCAUCCCCAAAUUUCUGGUCAGUAUGGCAACAGGUGAUAAGACCAUUUCUUACAACAGUUGUGUAGCACAGCUGUUUUUCACUAUUCUGUUGGGGGCAACAGAGUUUUUCCUCUUAGCUGCCAUGUCUUAUGACCGCUAUGUGGCUAUCUGCAAACCCCUGCACUACACCACCAUCAUGAGUGGCAGAGUCUGCAAUUUGUUGGUCUUUGCUUCAUGGUUAUCUGGUUUUAUUAUCAUUUUUCCACCUCUUGUUUUAGGUCUGCAACUUGAUUUCUGUGCUGCCAAUGCUAUAGACCAUUUCUUUUGUGACGCUUCUCCUAUGCUGCAGCUCUCUUGCACAGAUACUAAAACAAUAGAGUUAAUGGCACUACUCUCAGCCAUUCUGACUCUCUUGGUUACCCUGGUACUAGUGAUUAUCUCCUACACAAAGAUCAUCAAAACUAUUCUGCAGAUUCCUUCUUCUCAACAGAGGAAGAAAGCCUUUUCUACGUGUUCCUCUCACAUGGUCGUUGUGUCCAUUUCUUAUGGCAGUUGCAUCUUCAUGUAUGUGAAACCCUCAGCAAAGGAGAGAGUGUCUUUAAAUAAAGGGAUCGCUCUGCUCAGUACUUCUGUUGCUCCCAUGUUGAAUCCCUUCAUUUACACACUGAGAAACAAACAAGUAAAAGAUGCUUUCAAGCACAUCAUCAAAAAGUUGGCACAUAGAAAAUACACUUCAACUUUCCUUUGUUGACUUUUCUUUCUUUUUAAUUUCACCAGUGUUAUCACUGGUACUCCAUGUCUGCAUGAGGAAUUCACCUAUUUAUUUCUUUUUUCUUUUUCUUUUUCUUUUAUUUAUUCCUUUUUGUUGCCCUUUGUUGUUUUAUUGUUGUGGUUAUUAUUGUUGUUGUCAUCGUUGUUGGAUAGGACAGAGAGAAAUGGAGAGAGGAGGGGAAGACAGAGAGGAGGAGAGAAAGACAGACACCUGCAGACCUGCUUCACCGCCUGUGAAGCGACUCCCCUGCAGGUGGGGAGUCGGGGCUCGAACCGGGAUUCUUAUGCCGGUCCUUGUGCUUUGCGCCACCUGUGCUUAACCCGCUGUGCUACAGCCCAACUCCCGGAAUUCACCUAUUUAUUUCCUAUUUUUUCUUAUUAUAAGAUUUUAUUUUUAAAAAUUUGUUUUUUUUUUCAUUUUAUUAGGGGGAGCUUCAUAAUUUACAGUACAGUUGUUGAUAUAUGGGCACUAUUCCUCAUCACCCAUGAUAGGUAUCUCCAAAAUAUUUUCUUCAUGCAUCAGGCAUUGACAGGGGAGAGGGAUUAGUGAGGGAAAGAGAGGCACUUGCAGCACUGCUUCACAGCUCAUGAA